UGGAGUGCUGCCUGGGUACCGGAAGUGGCCGAUGCCCGUCGCCCGUGAAACCAAGACAACAGCUGCGGGUUCUGAGCGAGCGGGCGGAGAAGCUUGGGGAGCCCGACCGGAGCGAGUGUGGGGCGGUAGCUGCCUGAGAUUGUGAGAUGGGGACUGAGAACAAGGAGGUAAUUCCCAAGGAAGAAAUUUCUGAAGAAUCACAGCCACAUGGGGCAUUUUUAGAAAAAAUGGAAGAAAAACUUCCAAAGGUGGUGUGCCAGGGUCGUGAGUUUGGAGCAGUGUGUGAAGAAGACAUAUUGGAGGGGCAUUCCGGAGAGUCCACAGAAAAGAUUCUGAGGCAGAAGUCGUCUGAGGAGAGAGACUUUGCAUCAGAGUUGAUUAUCUUUAAGAAAUCACCCUCCAGUGAGAAAGAUCAGGAGAAGGAUGAGAGUGAGCGAGUCUGCAGACUCAGCUCAAACCUGCUCACACGUCAGGGAGACACCACAGUAGAGGCAGUUAGCACAUUUGCUACUUCUGGCCAGAACUUCAUAGAAAAUUUAGGACCUAACAAAACACACAGAAGUUCUGUGGGAGAAAAGCCUCAUACAUGCAAAGAAUGCGGGAAAGCCUUUAAUCAGAACUCACAUCUUAUUCAGCAUAUGAGAGUUCAUAGUGGAGAGAAACCCUUUGAAUGCAAAGAAUGUGGAAAAACAUUUGGAACUAACUCAAGCCUUCGAAGGCACCUGAGAAUUCAUGCUGGAGAGAAGCCCUUUGCCUGUAAUGAAUGUGGAAAGGCCUUCAUUCAGAGUUCACAUCUCAUCCACCAUCAUAGAAUUCACACUGGAGAGAGACCUUAUAAAUGUGAAGAAUGUGGUAAAGCCUUCAGUCAGAAUUCAGCCCUUAUCCUACAUCAGAGAAUCCACACUGGGGAGAAACCAUAUGAAUGUAAUGAAUGUGGGAAGACCUUUAGGGUUAGCUCACAGCUUAUUCAGCAUCAGAGAAUUCAUACUGAAGAAAGAUACCAUGAAUGCAAUGAGUGUGGCAAAGCCUUCAAGCAUAGCUCAGGCCUUAUCAGACACCAGAAAAUUCAUACUGGAGAAAAACCCUAUCUAUGUAACGAGUGUGGGAAAGGCUUUGGGCAGAGUUCCGAGCUCAUCCGGCAUCAAAGAAUUCACACAGGAGACAAACCGUAUGAAUGUAAUGAAUGUGGGAAAACUUUUGGCCAGAACUCAGAGAUAAUUAGGCAUAUUAGAAUUCAUACUGGUGAGAAGCCCUACGUUUGUAAGGAAUGUGGGAAGGCCUUUAGGGGGAACUCGGAACUUCUUAGACAUGAGAGAAUUCACACUGGAGAGAAACCCUAUGAGUGCUUUGAGUGUGGGAAGGCUUUUAGACGGACCUCUCACCUUAUUGUCCACCAGAGAAUUCAUACUGGAGAGAAACCUCAUCAGUGUAAUGAAUGCGCCAGAACCUUUUGGGACAACUCUGAGCUGCUUCUCCACCAGAAAAUCCACAUUGGAGAGAAACCUUAUGAAUGUAAUGAAUGUGAGAAGACAUUCAGCCAGCAUUCCCAGCUUAUCAUACAUCAGAGAAUUCACACGGGAGAGAAGCCUUACGAGUGCCAAGAAUGCCAGAAGACCUUCAGUCGGAGCUCUCACCUCCUCCGACAUCAAAGUGUCCACUGUAUGGAAUGAUCUGCGAAACAGGAAAGCCUUCUGAGGGAAGAGCUGAAGUCAGACUUCGUGUGCUUAAUCUGCACCUCGAGUUCUCAGAUGAAUGGGCAGAACCUCACCUGUCCUUGUACUGAUUUUUAUUUAAGCAGCUGGACAAAAAAGGAUGAGGCACUUUUAUGAACUAUUCAUUGAGAAGUUUCACUGUACUGAGUUAAAUCAUAAAAGCUGUUUCAGGCCUUAAUUCUCCUCUUUCCUUUUUCCUCCUCUUUCUCCUUACCCCUAGUGGAUCACAUAACAUUAGGGGUCUGCACCAGUCAUCUAGCCCAAAUUGUUACUAUUCAGGAAAAACGGAGGAAUGUGAUUCCACCACCUCCUAGGAAUGGCAGAGUUGACCCUUUGAAUAUUAACCCCUGAAAUGUUAAAGUCAUGGCCUAGGAGACAUACCUCUCUGUCUUUUCCACUGUUUAGCAUUGGGAUUUAGUAAGCUUUAUUAGCUUCAAAAUGUUCCAAACUCCCUAUCAAGUUUCCUUAGAAGAUGGCAGUACUAAUGAAGAAGCAGGAAACUUGGGUCAUCUUCCAUCUAGGACUUCCUCCCUGAUUUGAAGAGGUGCCCUGAUGGAGGAAACUGACAGGCAAUUUACAGGAUCAUAAGUGAAGGCCCUCAGAAUCCAGAGGGGCUGAUUAGCAAGGCCAGGGGAUAAACAAGUGAGGCCAGGCCACUCAGCAUUAGAAGCAGCUCUUUCUUUUUUUUUUUUUUUUUUUUAAUUUUUAUUAUUAUUAUUAUUUUUUUUCCAGUGGGUUUUGUCAUACAUUGAUAUGAAUCAGCCAUGGAUUUACAUGUAUUCCCAAUCCCUAGAAGCAGCUCUUUCACAGCCGCUCAGACUGACUGCUCCCAAGAACUCUGCUGCGUUCACUUUUGGCCCCAGUUCCUGCUGCUGCUGACAGAUCCUGUGUCAGGAAGAAGCUCAAAGAGGACUGUGCAGCUUCAUUGUCAGCAGGCACCAGGCCACAGUGAUGAGCAGGUUCACCUGACUGACCAGGGCUCCUGCCUUGCCAAAGCACUUAAGCUCUCAUGACCACUGUUGGGGGCCUUGGUUCUUGGACCAGAAUGUGAUAGCCUCUUCUCAGUUUGCCCUUGACCUUGGAAUUCUCUUUCUUCAACAUCUCUACAUGUGUUUUCUGUGUUCUCCUUUGUGUUUCUUUUUCCUCCAAGGAAACACAUCCUCAAUUUUUCAUGUGUCAGUGUUUCUGAGGCAAUCUUUCUGAGGUAGUGGGAAUUGCACUAAUGAGAAUCCAGCAGGCUUGGGGUUUGGUCUAAGAACUAGACCUUGAAUAAGGCACUUCACCUGCUGAUCCUUAAUUUCCUCAUCUGCAAAAUAAGGGGAGUUGAACUAAAUGAUCUCAAGUUUCAACCAGCCCAAGAAUUCCUGAACUCUUUUUAAAAAAUUUAACUUUAUGUAUCUUCAGUAUUUUAUUCUUUAAUCUCUUUAUUAGACUAAUACUAAUCACUAGUAUUUUACUAUGUGUCAGAACAAUGCUAGACAGUUUACAUUUUUAUUUUUUACAACCUCCCUAUGAUGUGGGUCCUCUUUUUUUAAAAACAGACAAAACAGCUUUAUUGUGGUAUAAUUUACAUACCAUAAAAUUCUCCUGUUCUAAGUGUUCAGUUGAAUGCGCUUUAGUUUAUAGAGUUGUAUAACCAUCAGUGAUCUGGGUACUCUAGCCCAGUUUGAAAGGUGAGGGGCAGGGGAGAUGUCAGGUAACUUGAUCACAUGAUCAAGCUCAUGAUCACACAGCUGGUAAGUGCUGGAGCCAAGACUCAGCCCUGAUCUGUGCUCCGAGACACUGUGCUGUACUCUGGGCAGGUGGAUGCAUUACUGCCUUAUUCAAAAUUCUUUGUACAUUUUUAUUAAUUACUACAUGAAUUUGAAUACAACUGAUUUAAAUCAUGUUCUUGGAAACAUAAUUGGUCAGCCCAAAACCAUCAAGUGGGUUUAUUCUUGUGUCCCAAUAUGUGUCCCCCCAGGCUCAUGCCCUUGUCUUGAGAAAAGGGCUGUAAAAAUAAGACGAUUGAUUACACAGUUUCCAUAUCCUUCCAGAUACCUCUUUCUCUAAUAGACCUUAGCAUUUCUUUAACUUACCUCUUUCCAUGGGUGAUUACAAGUGCAGUGUGCUCUCAUUCCUUUUUUCAUUGCUCAAGCUCAAAUUGAAUUAUACCCAAAUAUCUUUCUCACAUGAAACCUGUAUGUCACCCAUUCCCUUAACUUCUGAUUCCUGUGUUUGAACAUUUUAUUGGCACAUACACCCCUUGCCAGCCCUUAAUAUAGAACUCAGCACCUCUUUACGCUCCCCACAAAGGAUCCCUUCACACAAACAUACCCAUGAGUAAUACUAGCUUUACUGAAGAUUUUGGUGUGUAAGAAGUGGAGAAGGAGGUUCAUAUCCUGUUAGACAUUUUGUUCUCAGAGUUCCCUUGGACAAACUGCCACUGAAAAUUUUUCUCUUUGUCCUUGCCUCUCAGGUUUAUCACUUAAGCUUCUUUUUUCUUGCCAGAUAAUGAGCAACCCCCACCCCCAGGUCCAUUACUUUCUUAAACCCACUGCUUAGCAAAUAGAAAAAAAAGAAAAAAAAAAAAAAAAAAAAGCCCUUCAGUUAAAUAUACUAUUGGAACAUUACAUGUAAUUUUGUGACCAGUUUUUGUUGUGCUUGAUCCUAAUGUUAAGGGAGGAAGUUCUCCUAUCUCAUUCUAAGAAGAACCUGCCAACAUAUAUUAGUGUUUUCCCAAGAGAAAUUCUGGUGAAUGAAAUUAUUUCCACCUUCUUAUAUACACACUUCCUGUAACCUCACUUCCUGCCUUUACCACCUCUCAUCCAGCUAGCUCAGAAAGACUCCUCUCUUUUCCUUGUUUGCCCCCUCCCCCUCAAUUUACUUGGGAGCCAAAAUCUGACCAUAACGUAAUUACAACUGGUAGUCAUAAUCUAGUGCAAGUAGAAUUCUGUCAAGGAAAAAAAAGACUAAGUUUUCUUAAUGUUAGACCCAUUAAAAAUACCAGGCCUCACAAUCUCAAACACCUACUAAAAUACCCAGAAAUACCCUUCAGGAUUUUUGCAGCUAUGUCCAUGUAUAUUUUCACCCUUUCCUAAUUAAACAGUUUUAUUGGUAUUCUAACACUUUGUGUAAAUAAAGUAUUUCUUUACAAUUCUA